GGGUCGCCACAACAGACGGAGAUUCUGCGACACGAAAUGCAACACAGUGCCGCAAGGAAGCUAUAACUACGCUAGAUUACCCUAAACACACGAGCUUUCCCUCGCAGUGAUAGCUCCACUAUUUAGGAACAGAAGGGAUUCAUUAGUGACAUGUAUUUGCAGCGGCCAGGACUUGAGCGAGAGGGACCAUUAGCGUUUGUUUAUUUUGCGAUGGUUAUCCAAGAAAUUAGAAUUUUCGGUUUGGGGUUCGCCAAGGCCACCAUUUUGAGAAAUUCAGUACUCGUACUGUGCGAAAUUAUGAACAAAAGGAGUUGUUCGUUUUUAAAUCGGCGUAACAUUGGCUUCCCUUACUAUCAGAUUUCACACUUUCUUCUGUCCGUUAAGAAGAAACAAGGCGUAUGGCUAAAUAUAUUUUCUUAUUUGAAACAGUAAAAAGGAGAUAAUUCUAUUAAGACCAGUUUAGAAUUGCGUCGAGCACGGCAAUCAGUCACCACGGUAUUUUACUCGUGACUUUAGUGGCUUUUUACUCUUGACUCUAGUGGCUUAUAUUACUCUUGACUCUAGUGGCUUUUUAUUACCCUUGACUGGUGGCUUAUAUUACUCGUUUCAAGUGCUUCCCUUCGGCUUCGGCUUGAGGUGAUAAUUAUACACUUACCGUCCCCGCAAUUCAGGCUCUGCGUUGGUAUUCACAAAUUACGAGCAUUUUAUUUAUGAAUCUUUAAAAACCUAUACGCACACUACAUGGGACGGGGCAUGCCAUUUCAGGCUAGACAAGCGAGGGAAAUUAACAACGCAUGAGCACGGGGAGAAAUUUCUUAUUUGCUUUGAAUUCUUUAUCAUUAUAACUAAAAGGCGAUUUGAAGUCUCGGUGCAUCGUCGAUAGGUAUGGGUUUUUUGGGUUAUCUGUGAUUGUGUGCCUACGUGAAUAUGAGUCGUGUAUCGGGAAGAAUGCGUCAUCAAGGUUGUUGACGGCGGGUCACGCUUGAUUGGCGGGAGAUUUUCUCGCUUGCUCUUUGUAGUGACCGCCACACAUUAACCUCUCUGGGUUGCCUCUCGCUUAUAAUCUAACACAUCACAACCUUUUUUGGGACGUUACAACUCGGUGUGGAUUUUACGAGCAGUGUAAAGUUUCGUUCGUUUGUGAUGGAAGGAACGAGAAGAAAGCGAGAACGCGAGCAAGCGCCGGCGGUUAGCGAAGACGACUCGGAUAGCUCUCUAAAAGGAUCCGACUCCGAGAACGCCAGUCGAUUGAAACGUAAACGUCGAAAGCCUCGUCUUACUGGCCUUAGCAAGCAACGGCAAGCGGCAAAUGCCCGUGAGAGGAAUAGGACGCACAGCGUCAAUGCAGCAUUCAAUGCUCUUCGUCUUCUUAUUCCAACUGAACCUUCGGAUCGUAAACUUUCCAAGAUAGAAACACUUCGCCUUGCGUCCAGUUACAUAGCGCAUCUGAGCACUAUCCUCAUAAGUGGGACACAGUGCCCCAAUGUGCCGUCUUCUAUGGAUCAUAUCAGAACUAUUUCGCCAUCCUCAGCUAGAAGGGUUUGCACGUUUUGCUUGAGUUUGCUGAAGGCGGUAACAAAAGACGAUAAACCGCUGAGCAGAAACUUUAUGGAUCGCCCGCGAAACCGAGACUCGAAGAGCUGAGUACACGUGAUCAAGUGUGCCGCCCGCAUAGUGCGCGCGUGUCAAGUCACGUGAGCGUAACAACAGGGUAGUGAGACUGAAAGCGAUCAGAAAUACGGUGCUCCUCGGAGAGAACGUGGAAAGAUUUCCAAAUCAAACAGUUACGGCGUUACGACAGCGAAUAUGGAAACUGUUGUAAUUUGUGUCGCUUUGUAAUUGCAUCAAAGUUUUUGGGAGUAUGGGGAAUCGGAAAGUGAGGUACAUUUCGAUGAAACCUUCAUGAUUUACACUAUUUUCAUAUGGCUUUUCGGCUCAAAACAUAUCGAUAUUUUCCUGUUUAUGCAUCAACAAGUAAAUAGAUGGGGACGCGAUUCAUAAAACCGAAGUACGUAAAGGUAAUACUGUUCGGACAAAGAGAUAAAAAAAAAAUAAUAAUUCCAGACAAAAUAUUACCAACCCACUGUUCAUUAAAAAGAACAUCAAUAUUUAUGCCCUCUGAAAAAACUGAAUGCCUGAGGAUUGGAGAAUUUCAUUGUGAGUUUUGGAGCAUAACACGGAAAUGAACGACUCGGGCAACUUUUCUCUUUUAAUAACGUCAUCUUGCUAGCCAUCAAAGACCCGAAACAGUAGGAAACCAGAUUCAAGCUGUGUAUUUAAUUCAAUAAAUCAUCAUCCAAAAACCGA